AUGUCUGCCGCACGAUCAAUCCGGCCUGCGCUGGCCGCCGCCAAACGAACAGCUCCCCGAACUGCCUUCCGAGGAUACGCUACCCCCGCUGCUCAGAACACCAAGCCUCCUGUUCAGCUAUUCGGCGUUGAUGGCACCUAUGCCAGUGCUCUGUACACCGCCGCCGCAAAGCAGUCCGCCCUCGACAACACCUCCCGUGCCAUCUCUGCGCUGUCGCAAGUUCUUCAGCAGGAGCCCCGCCUGCAGGCACUGAUCGGAUCGCCCACGCUUAAGGCCGACGACAAAUCCCAGAUUAUCGCCGAGCUCGAGAAGCACACCGGCGGCGCUGACAAGAGCGGUACUGUCAAGAACUUCCUGCAAACUUUGGCCGAGAACAACCGCUUGGGUGUCUUGGCCGGUGUGUGCGAUAAGUUUACUCAGUUGAUGAGCGCGAGUAAGGGUGAGAUUGAGCUACGGAUUACAAGUGCACAGGAGCUCGACAACAAGACCAUCAAGCGCAUCGAGGCCGCCAUCGCCAAGUCCGAGUACAGCCAGGGCAAGAAGCUCAAGGUUACACCACAUAUCGACCCCAGCAUCUUGGGCGGCCUCGUCGUCGAGGUUGGCGAGCGUACCAUUGACUCGUCCGUUGCUGCGAAGGUCAGCCGGCUUAACAAGCUGCUGCAGGAGAGCGUGUAG